AUGCGCCUGAAAAAGAAGCCUCGUAUCCUCACGAGACCUUACUGGCGACAUUUAUUCGAACGGGCGCAGUCGAAGCUUAAUACGACACCGGCACAAGAGCAACUCGACGAGCGUUUCAAAAACCUACCAGCAGAGCUACGGCUCGAGAUACAGGAACACUAUCUUCGAGCAGAUCCCAUCCGAGUAGGCGAUGAUGGGGAACUGCGACAUCCUCUCGUGGACAAGAAUGUGACAUGCCCCGAUCUCAGAGAGACCGCUGCGUUGUAUCGCGCCGCUCCGAUUGUUCUCAGCUACUAUCUCCUCAAGACUGGCCAGCACGGGAGGUACUAUUUCGACCUGGACAGUAGCAGCAAGCCCUGGGCACCUUACAGUUACUUCCUCGAACAUCAUGACCGACACCUGGGGAGAGCGCAUAGGAAGCACCUACGGCUCGAGAUCAGAAUCACUAUACCCAGCAAUUGCUACAAGAAAUUGCGCUUUCGCUGCGAUGAACUGGGCCGAGUUACUUUCCAGCCUGGGCAUGAACACGCCUGUCGAUCCCGGCACUGCGAACGUCCCGAACAGCAGGUCAAUGUGUGGCGGCACAUUGACACCCAUACGAACAGAAUCAGCGAGCAUACCGAAAUUCCACGCGAGAACAUCAACACCGAAGUCGCCUUUGUGCAUUACAAGUGCCAAGCAUGUGGUUGUGCACACGCGAGGUGCAAACUGAAACUCAUGUGCAUGGGGCCCCCUUAUAUGGUCUUAUGCCUCAUGGCAUACGUAGUGAUCUCGUGGCAAACGGCAUAUUGUGGUUGGGAUAUAUACAAGAAAUGGAGAGCUCAAAUCCGGCUUCAACCCGGCAUUCAUCGCUACACUCUCUACGCAUCUUUCCUGCUCCCUGUCUUCCUCGGGGGAGUUUUUCUGACUCCAUUGGCUAUGCCAUUGAAAUGGACUGUUCAGGGAUCUGAAAAAGCAGCACAGAUGGUCGUGCAAAUCAUUGAACGGCGGCAAACGGCGCGCAAAGCAAUGAAGCAAAGGAUCAGGGCAGAUGCAGAGGCUGUAGCGGCUACAGAUGCUUCUCGUAAGCAAGGCACGGUGUCUGCUGUGCAACUUGGGAGCUUUCCAUUCGAAAAUCGCCCGUCAGAGCCCAUGAUUGGUUCCGAAUAG